AUGAAUCAUACAAAUUCGACGCUCAUAGCAUUUGAGGCAAUUCACUCUGAUGAUGCUACGUGGAUUCUGACGUCAGCAUUUAUUAUCUUCACGAUGCAGUCUGGUUUUGGCUUACUUGAGGCAGGUAUGGUGUCAAAGAAAAAUGAAACCAACAUUAUGGUUAAAAACGCUAUGGACGUCGUCUAUGGGAGCUUUGCCUAUUGGCUGUUUGGAUACGGUUAGUUUUUUUUGUUGUUCUUGUGGCUCACAGAACAUAUAAGAAACUUAGCCAAACAUACUUUCUGUCAAAGAUCACAUUCUCUACUGUGUUUAUGAUUCAUAUGUGUAACUUACGUUUCAUUUGGUGCAAAUACACUUACCUUAUUUCACUUGUUUACAUCUUCAAUAGCUCUCAGAAAAUGCAGUUUUCAUAAAAUGUUUUGCCUCGGCCGUUUGCAGGUUUAAGCUUUGGUCGUGAUCAGGGAACGACUGCUUUCAAUGGGUUUGGUAAAUUCUUGACAGACGCAGAUGACCACGAGAUGGGAAAAGUCUUUGCCAAUUAUUUCUUCCAUCUUUCCUUUGCCACGACAGCGACAACCAUAGUUUCCGGCGCCAUGGCCGAGCGGGUGGAACUUAAAGCGUAUAUUCUAUUUUCAUUUCUCAACACCAUUUCCUAUUCCCUUCCGGCACAUUGGAUCUGGGAGCCUCACGGUUGGUUGCACGAGCUUAAUGCUGUGGAUAUCGCCGGUUGUGGUCCGGUUCAUGUAGUAGGCGGCUUUAGCGGGUUUGUAGCAACGAUCUACCUGAAACCUCGACUGGGAGUGUUCGAUGAGAACUACCGCCCCAGUAAAGCAAUGGCAUCGCCUACUAAUGUUAUGCUUGGAGCAUUCAUGUUGUGGUGGGGGUGGCUUGGGUUCAAUUGUGGAAGUACCUUUGGGAUAACAGGAGGGAAAUGGAUAUUGGCAUCCAGGUUAGUAGAGGGAGACGAGGGGUUCUGCGCAGUGGUGGAGGUGGUGGAGUGACGUCACAAUAGCUCAGGGGAUUAAACUGAUGAGAUCAUCAUCUAAAAAUAGAAAGGUAUUCUGUCUAACAAUCUAGGGAGUUGACGUCAUCAAAAAAACGAUGAGAUCAUCAUCAAAAUAAUCAUUUAAUAUGGUAACUGGUGAGAUGACAUCAUCAGCUUAAAUUAGAAAGGGUUUUUUGACAUGAUCAGCUAUUUUCUAUAGUCUAUGACAUCAUUAUUUAUUUUCAUCUUUUUAAGAUCAUAUAAAUGAAGGUUAUUAUUAUUAAUCAUUAUUAUCAUGCAAAACGAAAAUGGUUAUUAUUCAGUCUUUCAUAAGAAUAAAGUUUAAUCAUUAUAUCGUAUGAUAGCGAGGACCAUAGUUCCCCCCUCAAAAGAAAUAACGUCUCUCAAGAAAACAUUUUGCAACCUCUCAGGGUCAACAAUUUCCAAGCUGAAAGAACUCCAUUCUGAAGUAUUUCUAAAAGUUACUUUGGGCAGACUCUUAUUGUUCUUGAAAUUUGCAGAGGAUCUGGAACUGACGCAGGAAGAAUGAGGACAAUUAUAUGCUGUUAUUUAUAUGCUGUUAUUUAUCCCACUUUAAUAUAUCAAAUCUGAGAGCAGUUAUAUAAGGCGAUGAUGUAGGCAGUAAAAUCUUAAGACUGGAACAUUGCGAAGUGAUUAGAGCGAUGAGUUGUUGUCCACCAUCGACCACUUUUGGACAUCGUUAGUCAGUUAAUUAUGCGAGUUCGCAAGCCCACCGUUGCAUACAAAUUAGUACAGCUCUGCAGGAAAAGCCCCAAGAGAGAACUUUCAAGUGACUUAUUAUCAUAAAAACAAUGAAAACAUAAAAUAACUUAACAAGGAUCAAUUGAAACACGCGACUUACAAUUGCGAGCAAUAAAGUUUUUUUUAAAAAAACUUUAUUAAAAACCAAUAACUAAAAGAGUCAAAUACACAGCGAUUUGAAAGGGAAAGGGAUAAAAAUUAAUCCUUUGACUGACUAUUACAAAUUCGUUUUCUCCGUUCUACUGACGAGGAAUAAUAAAUAAUCCUUCCCUGUCUACGCAAUUUUCCUAUAGCCUCUAAGCGAAGAGUUCGACUUUCUUUGUUUCUUUCGGUUUGUCUUGUUCUUUGUAGUUGUUCUUUUAACUUUUGCUUUAAAAGAGGCUUUAUUUGAUCUUGAAAGUUCGUACACCGUUUCUUGUGUCUGUACUGGACUGCGAGUACUAGUUGAGUUAUUUUUUCCGGAAUUAUCCGCUUCACUUUCGUAAACGACAACUUUAACUUUAGGUUGCAGUUUCGCCUCUUGUAAAUACUGUCUUCGCUGUAUGUGGUCUAACUGAUGAACAUCCGCGAGAUGGUUAGCUAAUCUGACAAGGUACUUCGCCCCGCACCAUGAAAUCGGACAGUUUCUGCAAACUCUCUUGUAAACCAUGUUCAAAAACCUGUUGACGGUUCGAUGGCUGAACACAAAUGACUUCUAUUUCGCAAAUAUUCAGGUUAUACAGAGUAUUAGAAAGGCCAAACACAGGCCCGAAAGGCCAUAACCAGGCCAGAAAGGCCAAAACCAGGCCAAAAGAGACAAAAGGAGACAAACGGGCCAUUUUCAGUCAUGUGCCUUUUUUCUCGUACACACACGUGGGUAUCGCGCGUCGCUAGUCACGCAACAGCUUUCAAUAUUGGAAUCAUCAUCUUUAUUAAGUGUAAUCACAAAUAACAGUGCCUAAUUAAAAAGUUUUGUUCUUCCUUUAGUAAUUGGUAUUUCAAAUUUCAGAUUUGCUAUUUAUUGCACAAGUUUACUGUUAUUGGUAUAAUGAUCAAGUCAUCAAUAGUUUGGUUGUUUACAGUUUUUAUUGAAAUGCAACAAUACAAAGGUCCAGGAAAUAAAAAAUUCUGUAACAUUCAUAGUAGGUCUAGUCUUGAUCUUUUGGAAUGGGCUGCUUUUGGUACAAUCGAUUUAGUAAGAAUUUUCGCUUAUCGAUAGCAAGUUCUGUCGAUUCCAACCAGUCAAAUCCUUCUGUGUCUUUAAGCUCUUUUUGAGUUUCCAUCACUUUUUUGAAGGUGGGAUCCUUUUUCAUUGCACGCAUCCACUGUAGAUUCUCUAAGAGUACUUUUCUCAGCUCUUUUCUGUAAACAGGAAGAAGAGCGUUCUCGGCUUUCACGCGGGCCACAUUUUCUGAAUCUCCGUUCCCUUCGUACUCACCGAUCAAUGCGUUGAGCUGAGUCUCAUGGCGUUUCUCGGCUUCAUCAAAUAUCCGUGACCAAGGCUCUAAGCUUUCUGUUUCUUCUUGGGAAGACUCCGUUCCUUGGCUAGAGACUUCGCUUUCUGCGCUUUCUUCGCUGUCUUCAUAAUUUCCAGCACCUUUUUGAAUAAGGUUGUAAUGGAGGUCACUGUUCCACAUCUUUUUGGUUUGAACCGCACGCGUUCUGAUAGGAAACCAAACAUCAGAAAGUAACGCGUCUUUUUUAUAGAAAAUGGGUGAAGGCGGGGUUACUAAGCUAAAUAAUAAUCGAACUUACAUCGACCAGUUAUUGAGAAGAUCAGACGGGCCAAAGCAAGGCUAAAAAGGCCAAACGAAGGUAAAAAGGGCCAAACGAAUAUCAAGACUAGACUGGCUAUGAAUUACAAAAUUUUUUAUUCCCUGGACCUUUGUAUUGUUGCAUUUCAAUAAAAACUGUAAACAACCAAACUAUUGAUGACUUGAUCAUUAUACCAAUAACAGUAAACUUGUGCAAUAAAUAGCAAAUCUGAAAUUUGAAAUACCAAUUACUAAAGGAAGAACAAAACUUUUUAAUUAGGCACUGUUAUUUGUGAUUACACUUAAUAAAGAUGAUGAUUCCAAUAUUGAAAGCUGUUGCGUGACUAGCGACGCGCGACACCCACGCGUGUGUACGAGAAAAAAAGGCACAUGACUGAAAAUGGCCCGUUUGUCUCCUUUUGUCUCUUUUGGCCUGGUUUUGGCCUUUCUGGCCUGGUUAUGGCCUUUCGGGCCUGUGUUUGGCCUUUCUAAUACUCUGUAUAACCUGAAUAUUUGCGAAAUAGAAGUCAUUUGUGUUCAUCCAUCGAACCGUCAACAGGUUUUUGAACAUGGUUUACAAGAGAGUUUGCAGAAACUGUCCGAUUUCAUGGUGCGGGGCGAAGUACCUUGUCAGAUUAGCUAACCAUCUCGCGGAUGUUCAUCAGUUAGACCACAUACAGCGAAGACAGUAUUUACAAGAGGCGAAACUGCAACCUAAAGUUAAAGUUGUCGUUUACGAAAGUGAAGCGGAUAAUUCCGGAAAAAUAACUCAACUAGUACUCGCAGUCCAGUACAGACACAAGAAACGGUGUACGAACUUUCAAGAUCAAAUAAAGCCUCUUUUAAAGCAAAAGUUAAAAGAACAACUACAAAGAACAAGACAAACCGAAAGAAACAAAGAAAGUCGAACUCUUCGCUUAGAGGCUAUAGGAAAAUUGCGUAGACAGGGAAGGAUUAUUUAUUAUUCCUCGUCAGUAGAACGGAGAAAACGAAUUUGUAAUAGUCAGUCAAAGGAUUAAUUUUCAUCCCUUUCCCUUUCAAAUCGCUGUGUAUUUGACUCUUUUAGUUAUUGGUUUUUAAUAAAGUUUUUUUAAAAAAAACUUUAUUGCUCGCAAUUGUAAGUCGCGUGUUUCAAUUGAUCCUUGUUAAGUUAUUUUAUGUUUUCAUUGUUUUUAUGAUAAUAAGUCACUUGAAAGUUCUCUCUUGGGGCUUUUCCUGCAGAGCUGUACUAAUUUGUAUGCAACGGUGGGCUUGCGAACUCGCAUAAUUAACUGACUAACGAUGUCCAAAAGUGGUCGAUGGUGGACAACAACUCAUCGCUCUAAUCACUUCGCAAUGUUCCAGUCUUAAGAUUUUACUGCCUACAUCAUCGCCUUAUAUAACUGCUCUCAGAUUUGAUAUAUUAAAGUGGGAUAAAUAACAGCAUAUAAAUAACAGCAUAUAAUUGUCCUCAUUCUUCCUGCGUCAGUUCCAGAUCCUCUGCAAAUUUCAAGAACAAUAAGAGUCUGCCCAAAGUAACUUUUAGAAAUACUUCAGAAUGGAGUUCUUUCAGCUUGGAAAUUGUUGACCCUGAGAGGUUGCAAAAUGUUUUCUUGAGAGACGUUAUUUCUUUUGAGGGGGGAACUAUGGUCCUCGCUAUCAUACGAUAUAAUGAUUAAACUUUAUUCUUAUGAAAGACUGAAUAAUAACCAUUUUCGUUUUGCAUGAUAAUAAUGAUUAAUAAUAAUAACCUUCAUUUAUAUGAUCUUAAAAAGAUGAAAAUAAAUAAUGAUGUCAUAGACCAUAGAAAAUAGCUGAUCAUGUCAAAAAACCCUUUCUAAUUUAAGCUGAUGAUGUCAUCUCACCAGUUACCAUAUUAAAUGAUUAUUUUGAUGAUGAUCUCAUCGUUUUUCUGAUGACGUCAACUCCCUAGAUUGUUUGACGGAAUACCUUUCUAUUUUUAGAUGAUGAUCUCAUCAGUUUAAUCCCCUGAGCUAUUGUGACGUCACUCCACCACCUCCACCACUGCGCAGAACCCCCCGUCUCCCUCUACUCAGGUUAGUGACAGUUGCUUGUUAAAGUUCUGUCUUGAAAGACCCUUUGGAACGCCCCCCUUCCAUCACCCCCAAGUAAAGUCAUCUAUAACAUACUUACACAGACCCAUCGGAACUCACCCCCCACCCCCACCCACUCCCCAGUAAAGUCAUCUCUAGCCUGAGAAAACAGUCGACAUUUCGCGAAGCUACCACUGGUUUCCCCGGGAAAUGACAUCUGAGUACCGAGCGCGGAAAUUCCAUACCGAUGGCGUGUCACUACACAGAUCUGGGUAGCGCUUUUGAUUGGAUGAAGCAAUUAUUCAACCAUUCAGAAGCCGACCCAGAUCUGGGUACUGACGUGUCAUCAGUGUAGAAUUUCUGCGUUUUGUUUCUAGGACGUGUCAUUUCGCGGGGAAACCAGUGGUGGCGAGGCGAAAUGUUGCAGGCUGUUUUUUUUAGGCUACGUCAUCUCUAGAGAAGGGCGCCGCCCAUUUUCAUGCAGUUUUUGAAACUUUAACGUAUCUCAGCCUCAGACUAUAUGUACAGGCUUGGAUCCCAUUACAGAAAUAACGAUCAUAAUCAAAAUCAUAAUCAUAGUCAUAACGUUGUUAUGAUCAAGUGGAGACAUACACGCACAAGCCGGGGACUUGUACGUGAAUUGUUUUCUCUGCUUUGAACUCGAUGCUCUAAAAGUGGCAUUACUGAAUAGCAGCAAUAGUUAGCAUUUUUUCCUUUUACAGUUUUCUGCUAUGUCAUUACAUGCAUUUUUCCUGUUUUUUGGUUCUUUAAAAUCUGCCAGGGAUUUAUUGUACAGUAUUGGAGGCUUGCAAGACAAAAUUCCUCAAACUUGAACGCACGCCAUUUUGAAACAGCAUGAAGUACAAGUUACUGGAAUUAAGACGCUGAUUGGCUAAAAUUCAUUGAACUAUUAUUUAACAGUUAAUGAAUGAGGCUGAGUAUCUUACGAAGAAUUAUGAAGAUCGAGGAGGAUGUUAUAAUACCCUCCGAGAUCUCCAUAAUUCUUUAUUUGAUACGAAAGGCGAAUUCAAUAACUGUUUUAUUAUUCAUUCAAAAUAAUUCCAAGUUUAAAAACAUAGCUAAAACAUGAUUUCCUCCAUCGAUCCAUCGAUGUUCAGUUCAUCUUAGAUAGUGUACGUUUAGGUUUUUCCAGCUCCGCAAAUAUUCUCCAAAUAGCAGAUGUCGCCCUUCGAGUUGUCUUCUUGCUGUUCUUGCCGUGUUUUUAGCUAUUUUUUCGCCUAGUUCUUACUCUUGAAACGAGUGAAAUGUCUGCCAUUUUUUUAAGCUCACAACCAAAACAACUCAACCUCGUCCCCAGGUCUUCUCGGUUAACGGUGCCUUAACCUGCGAAAACGCUGCAUUUUUGACGUCAUUUCCUCGUUAAAGUCAAAAUUCUUCCAAAUUUGGUCAUCAGUAGCUGGUUAUGGUGAAUUAAACGUGUGCUUUUAGCCAAUCAGAAUUGGGGAAAUAUUUUGAAUUUUCAUUAUGAGUACGACUAUAUGAGCGCAAGGUUUUACGUUCUCACUACGACAUAAGCAUAAUCAUAAAAUGACUGAUCAUUUUGUUAUGAUUAUCAUGAUGUUGAUCAUAAAAAUCUCUAUGAUUAUGUUUUUCGGCGUUCCCACUACGACAAAAACACCCCUUAUGACUACGAUUAUAAUCAUUAUGUCGCUGGUGGGAACUAGCCCUCAUAAUUAAAAGUCGAUCAUAGCGUAGCUCUCGCGCGCGAAGCGCGCGCACAGAGCACCAUGAAUAAGAAAAUGUGGUAAUCUACCUAUCCGAGAAAAUUUGGUAAUCACGUGACCGUACGCCCGACCGUCCGUCCGCACCACAGGCAUACCAAUGUUAAAUAACUCAAUCAACAGGUAUGGCAACUCAAAUGCAACUCGAGGUUAUUUUGGCGGGAAAUUGCAUAGCCACCCACGUCUUUUAAAGCAGAAGCAGCUAUAGAGUCAAUAAAGACGAAACCGGAAAGUGGAAAUUGUUUCUACAUUAUUGUUUUCUAAAGUAUUCUUUAGAUUUAUUGUCUUUUCCACAAAUUUGGAAUAUAAAGCAAGAGAAAGACAGAGAAAAAGCGGCAGGCCAGCGAAACUCAACGAGAAAAAGGGCGACAGAGAUCUAGAGCGAGAGAUAAAAAAAAGAGAGAGAAGAAAACAAAGAAAGACAUAACAUGAAAAGCGGGGGUGACAAUGCUAGCGGCCAACAAUGCAGGGAGAAAAUGAGCGGCAGUGAAAAAUAAAAGUGAACGAGAACACGUACGACAUUUCCUCCAUGAAAAACUUUCUGGAAGUUUCACGUUAUAGUAGUGCAAAACAACGGCAAAGAAAUUUACGAAAAAAGUGUGCUGCACGUGCAAAGUUGCUUUUUUGCUAAUUAGACCUAUUGUUAUUUUUUCACCGUUCUCUGGCGUUGCCUUCGCCGCUUAGCAUUUUGUUUGAACAAAAUAUAAAUAUUAUCGAGAGCUUCGCUUUUAGCCAUGGCUAAAUCUGUAUAUAAUGUUGUAUAUCCUUUCAUCACGAUCGUUGGGCUAAUGUUGCCAUUUUGGCUUGAAUAAAUUUCGGUGUGCUAUAAAUACGUUCCAAAGACACGCGUGCAAAACGUCUGCGCAUGCGCAAGGUCUCUAUUUUAAAUAAUUAAAAUUUGCAAAAUCUUCCCAUUUAAAUUGAAAAACACUUAGGAAUGUUUGAUAUGUUUAAUGGUUUGCAGCCGGUUCUAGUAUUAAGCACAACAAAAAAUUACUUAAACUAACUUAACUAACUGGUAAAGUCGUCCAGUACAAGGUUUUUCCGUCCUUGUUUUUCCACUUAGCAUGCAUUGGUCGUUUUCGUUGUUCGCAUUGACCGAGCUCAGCGACAUGAUGACCAAAACAGCAACAAUGGCUACGGCGAAGUGAUGCCAGAGCGAGCGUGGACGUUCAAACAUGAUUUUCGCCUUUGGUGCAAGGAGGAAAGUAUGCGGUGCAAAAGAGAGAAACUAAAGCAAUAUCUAAACUUUGUGUUCGUGAAAUUUUAAGCUUAUCUUUUGUGUGUGGAGCUUACUUUUUUGAAUUUCGCGGCCGGAAUCUAGUUUGUUUUGGUAUCGCGUAUAAUUUCGAUUGGGGGAGGCACAUGCAAAUUCGCGCCGGAAGCAGGGAAGGCACGCAUGCGCACUGCGUUUUUCACGAGUGUCACUUUCCAAAUACUGUUUAUUGUUUAGAUAAUAAGUUUCGGAACAGCGCGAAGAAUUUCAAUUAAAAGAUACUUGUCGUUUUAAGAAAAAACAACUGGUAUCCCUUCCGUGUUUUUACUUCAAACUAAAUCUCUAAGUAGAUAAAAAGAUUGCUAGAGGUGUUUAACCGACGUUGAAGACAGUGUACGUAAAGAUAGCGAGACGUAUGGAUUCACUGGUCUACCUAUAUUUCUUUAUUAUUCAUUUAAAAUAUUUCCCCUAUUCUGAUUGGCUAAAAGCACACGCAUAAUUCACCAUAACCAGUUUCUGAUGAGCAAAUUUGGACGAAUUUUGUGUUUAACGAGGAAAUGACGUCAAAAAUGCAGCGUUCAUGCAGGGUAAGGCACGUUAACCGAGAAGACUUGGGGACGAGGAUGGGUUGUUUUGGUUGUGAACUUGAAAAAUUGCGGACAUUUCACUCAUUUCAAGAGUAAGAACUAGGCGAAAAAAUAACUAAAAACAUGGCAAGAACAGCAAGAAGACAACUCGAAGGGCGACAUCUGUUGUUUGGAGAAUAUUUGCGGAGCGAGACAAACCUAAACGUGCACUAUCGAAGAUGAACUGAACAUCGAUGGAUCGAUGGAGGUAAGCAUGUUUUAAAACUAGGAAUUAUUUUGACUGAAUAAUAAAACAAUUAUUGAAUUAGGCUUUCGUAUAAUAUGAAGAAUUAUGGAGAUAUCGGAGGGCACGGCCUUGACGGAUAACACCCUCCUCAAUCUCCAUAAUUCUUCAUAAGAUACUCAGCCUCAUUCAUUAAUUGUUAAAUAAUCAACAUAAGAGAGUGAGAGGGCUCCCAUGACGGUGAUGACCCAGCUUCCAAAUUAUAAAAUGAUACCAGCGUGAGACAAAUUCGUAUUCACACUGACAUUAAAACAUACUCACCGACCAAAAGAAACUAUUAAUCACUGUUGAUUUUCCGCUUAAUGUUCAAGAAUUUUAAGGUUUUUAAUCAUCGUCUUUUUUUCAGGGCUGCAGUAGUAACUCUUAAUGGUGCAACCGGGGGAGGAAUCUUCGCAAUAGUAUUCAGGUAACUUAGAAUUAGUUUAAAAUACAUUUUCCUUGAUUUUAUCAAAGAAACCUUUCGAUUGUGAUUAGAUAGUCGACGGCUAGCACAUUUCGUGCCUGGAUAAUUUUUGGAGUACGACUGAAUUAAGAUCAAAUACGAGUUCCCAAACUAAAUUAGCGUGCCUGAUUUAAUAACUUCUCACGUACUACAGCACGGAAUUACUAAAGUCUCGUAGACUACUCGAGAUUGAAACUCUUUGUUAUGCCGAUCAAAUCUCAGUAAAGGUCGCUAAUAAUAAAAGCAGAGGUGGCAAAAUGGAGACAUCACUUUUCCCAGCAAAAACGCCAAGAACUAAAAAUUCAAAACAUAUAAUUUAAAAAAAAAAAUGAUAAGUCCUACACAUUUAAAAAUAAAUAGAUAGAUGAACAAACAAAGACAAAAAAUGGGCAAUUGUGUUGAAACUCAGGUUACAGUGAUAGUUUGAAUUUCUCGUUGUUCUGUGCACUGAAAUGUUGGCUUAGGGGAGGAGUAGGUGGGCAGUUUCCCAGAAACGUAUAAUUAUCUGGGAGGAGUUCAAGCUCUUCUUCUGUCGUAGUACUGUGCCUUUGUCAAGGCUUAUUGGUGUAAAGAUACAUUGUCCUCGCCUACAAAUAAAACGACCAACCUAUGUAAACACUGGCAAAUGUCGACUGUUUUAUCAUCAUUCUAACCUGAGGCGUCUUUUUUUUCAGUUACUUAAAGUACAAGAACAAGCUGAUAAUCGACAUAUUUGUAACCGGAAUUUUAUCUGGACUAGUCAGCAUUACUGGUGAUAGUAAAAUGUUCAUGAUUUUUUACCUGCUUAUUUUUUUAUGAAAGAAUAGGCCUUUUUCAAAAUCAGGCCAUGAUACUCUUUGUUGUACCUCCAAAAUUUUGCAUAGGCAUUGUUUUUCAGCUUCAAUUGGGACUUAGGCUGUGUGCAAACGGACGCAACAUUGUUGUUACAUGUUGCGUCCGUUUGCACACCCUGUUGCAUGUUGCUGGACGUUGUUGCUUGCUGUUGAGCCAAGUUUGAAACCGGUCAAACUUUUCAGCCAACAACUCCCAAUAUUUUUUUUGUUCCGUGAUCGCCAAAGCGUAGCGCAACAAUUUUGGAUCUGUUUACACAGCUCUUCCAACAUUGUUGGGGCCACGAACGCUCAUUACGCAUGGUUUAUAAAGACUUAUGGGUUGUAUCCUUCCCACGACACACUGUAGGUGCCAACAUUGUUGUGAGUUGUUGCAUCCGUUUGCACACCACUGCCAACACGCACGCAACAACUCCCAACAUUGUUGGCGCAACAAUGUUGGGAGUUGUUGCGUCCGUUUGCACGCAGCCUUACAACCGCCCCAAGAGGAAUUGAAAACAAUUGGCUAAUGCAAAAUAUUGGAAAAACAACAAAGAGUAUCACGACAUUUUGAAAAAGGCCUAUUCUUUUAUUCUAUUUGAAUGUGAUAUAAGAAGUUAUACAUGGCUCAAGCGACAAUAUUACAACAAAAUUCCACGUAAUUAAUCCCUCAAAAGCUGGGCACCUUCUCUAGAUUCCGGGCUAACAAUAUUUCCAAAUGAAACGAUAUAGUCAUGAUUUCUGUUUAUUAUUCCAUAUCCAGCCAUUUCGCCAGUUGUCUCCCCAUGGGAGAGCCUACUGAUCGGUUUCAUUGGUGGCGCUAUCGGAUGCUUUGGUGUUCUUCUGUUAGAGCGAAUGCGUAUAGACGAUCCAGUGCAUUGUAUUUCCACGCACGGUAUCGCUGGCCUUUGGGGUGUUGUAGUGGUAGGACUCGUAGUCGAAGAGCACCCUUUGAUGUCUAAAAGCCGUGGAGUAUUUAAAGGUGGCAGUUGGAGAGUCCUUGGAAUACAAGUUCUCGUCGCCGUCAGCAUUGUCCUUUGGACCUCAAUUACCACAUUUGUUCAGCUCUAUGUGAUUGAUAAAGUGAUUGGCCUGCGCAUGCCCCGUGAGAAAGAGAUCGACGGGGCAGACGUCUGGGAGCAUGGGAUCCAGGUUGUCGACCACAAUAAAAAACAGCAGCAGGUUGACCCAAUUCAUAUCAGUGAAUGA